AUGAUCACGAUGUUUCCUAGAGCCUUUUUUGGAGCUUUGAGGAAACGAGAUUUCUAUCAAACACGCCACUCGUUAGCUGAGCGGUACAAUCAAGUCAAACCUGACACAGAAAUCAACCACCUCGUGUCUGGAUCACCUUUUGCUUUGGCCAAGUAUCAGAUAGAGAAAUUGACGAGUAUUGAGGAUACCAGUUAUGAUACCUAUUCUGGGAAUUUCGACGUGGAUGAGCCGGUGGAAUCUGAAAUUGAUGAUCCUGAGCAAGAAUUAAUGAAUCUAAAAAAGGAGAUUAAGAGAAUAAAUGAAGAGAAUGAGAUUCAUAGGGAUCAAUUGAAACAUAAAGAUAGUGUUUGUGAUGAAGUAAAAACGUUGAGGGAAGAGAAUGAGGCAGAAAUGGAACAAGUGGAGCAAAAGAAUGAAGAGAAGAUAUAG